UCUCCUUGAAUACGCGCACAAAUACAUCUAUAAAACCUAAGAUCGCAUCAAAUUUUAAUUCCAACGUUAAAAUUUUUCUAAACCCCAAAAAAUCACGAAACAAUGGAACCAGAACAAAGAUCCAUAGAGGUGAAACUCAUCUCGUGCAAGGACCUCAGAGCCUUCAAUUUUUUCCAAAAGCUCACAGUUUACGCCACCGUCUUCAUCGACAGCGAGGAUCCGAAGAGGGAAAUGACGGAGGAACGGAGGCAGCGACAGCGAACCCUAACGCACAGAGAAAGCGACGGCGAUGGCAGCAACCCCGAAUGGAACAACUACGCGCGUUUCGAUUUGGGGAAGCUUUCGCGCUCGCCGCGCCACUCCGAUUACGAUGAUCUCUUCCUCUGCUUUGAGUUCCGCCACGACGGCGUCAUCCUCGGCGAUAAAAUCGUCGGCGAGUGCCGCGUGGCGUUCUCCGAUAUGAUCCGCGACGGAGCCGCCGGCGCAGCGAGGAUCGUGAGCUAUGAGGUUCGAUCCCCCGAGGGAAAGCCGAAUGGUGUCUUCAAUUUUUCGUACAAAUUGAUUGGGUUUGGGAUUGGGAUUGGAAAUUGGGGUGGGAUUGUUAGCGGAAUGCACUCGUCGCAGAUUCUCCAAGGGAGAAUCUCCGGGUACCCUGUUCUGGCACCGGAGGAUUGCGCGUGCGCUCCCAAUAGGGUACAAUAUCCCACGUGCGACAUUGAUAACACGUGCUGCUACCCAACGGUUGCGUUGCCGGUGGGGUGUCCCGUCUAUCCGGCAGCUGCUCCACCGCCGCCGGUUAUGCUUCCGUCGUACGGAGAGUUUCAUUUCAAUUACCCACAACCGUCGUCACCGCCGCCGCCGGUUGCGUAUCCAUAUCCUCCCCCGCCUCCUCCGGCGGUGCAUGCUUAUCCUCAUUUUGGGCCGGAGGCCCAUCCAUGGCUACCAGGCCCGUAUAGUGAACGCAGGUGGUAAUGGACUAAUGAAGGGUUCAAAGGCCAUAAUUUUUCUGAGGUGUUUAUUUUGACAACGUGUAGUUGUAUAGUUUUUUUUUAUUUUUUUAUAUUUUCUCUUUUUUGUAGGGUUUUCCAUAUUUUAUAUACGGAAAUUUUGUUGUAAACUUUGUCGUCAAUAUUUUAAUUUUAUUUAUUUAUUUAUUGUU